UUUUCUCUUUGUUCUCUGAACGGGCCAUCAGUCACACCCGCUGUUCAAGCACAUCAUACUAUUACCCGUACUAUCACUCGCAGUAUGGGGUUUUCCUUUGUUACAGACUUGCUCGAUAUACUGACAGCCGCCAUGAGCUGUUGCAUUCCGAAUCCCAACAUCAGCAUCAACGGACGCGCUUAUCGAAUCAUCAAACUCCUAGGUGAAGGCGGCUUCUCGUUUGUGUACCUUGCUCAGGACGGUUCCGGCAACUUGUAUGCCUUGAAGAAAAUUCGAUGUACGCUAGGCACCGAAGAAGCCGACCUGGCCCAACGUGAAGUGGAUAUGUACCGUCUAUUUGAACAUAAAAACAUCAUUCGCAUGCUAGAUAGCAGUACGAUCACGGAAUCCGACGGCAGUAAGACCAUCUACAUCUUCUUGCCAUAUUACAAAAGAGGCAACCUUCAAGACGCGAUUAAUCGACAUAACCUGAACAACACGCAUUUCUCGGAGAAAGAGAUCCUCCAGUUAUUUCACGGUAUAUGUAUAGCGGUGCAGGUGUUACACACGUAUAAAGCAGCGAGCGGCGUACGAACCCAUUACGAAUCCAGUGGACAAAACACAAUAGAAGACGAACAUAAUCACACCGACGACCGUCAGGAUCAAGCGCUAUUAAGUAAUCAAGUUCAGCAAGACGCGUCCGUCGUCGCGCCUUUGCCAGGGAAAGAAGGCGACAUUAUACCAUGGGCUCAUCGUGAUAUCAAACCAGGGAACGUCAUGUUAUCCGACGACGGUCAAACUCCUAUUCUGAUGGAUUUUGGAUCCGCUUGUCAAGCAAGGAUCGACAUUCAUACCCGACAAGAAGCGCUCGCACAGCAGGAUUUGGCGGCUGAACAUUGUUCAAUGCCUUACCGGGCACCUGAAUUGUUUGAUGUGAAAACGGAAACGACGUUGGAUGAAAAGGUGGAUAUAUGGUCACUGGGAUGUACGUUGUACGCUGUGGCGUAUGGGCAGUCUCCUUUUGAGAAUUAUGAUCAAGGCGGGUCGAUUUCGCUGGCCGUGCUCAAUGGCCAAUUUCGAUUCCCUAGCGAUUCUCAACUAGCGAAUCUGUAUUCCCAGGAAUUCAAAGAUUUGAUUUCCUGGAUGCUGACUGCCGAUCCCAAACGCCGCCCGAAUAUUCAUCAGAUUAUAGCUAGAGUCGACGAGCUUUUAUCGCGAGAAUAGAAACACGCGAGUAACUUGUACAGUGUAGCAUAUAAAAUAGAUGGAAAGGGUACCGCUCCGCGAUUCGAUUUCCAAAGGGUAUCUUCGUGUCAAAAGAAAUCUCAUAAAAUUUAUGUUAAAAAUGGUUGUGGUGACAACGAUCAUGCGGACGGGAUGAAACAGGUGUCGUCGGCAACCGUGUAUCACCAGAAUUCCGAUGACCCAAAAGGCAGUAAAAUAGUGCUUGAA